GGCGGAGUCGGCGGCAGCGGCGGGUGUUUCCUGGUUGGGCCGCGCCGGACGCUGAUACCCCGCCGUUUCCCUCCGCCCCGCGGGCCCGCUCGUGCCGCUCGAGUCCCCAGGCCGCCCCCUCGUCGCCUGCCCGCCUGCCCGCCCGCCGGUCAGCGUCCCCGGCCUGCUUUCCGCGGCCUCCCCCGGGCCACCUGGUCUCAGCCCGGGUUUCCACCGCUGGAGGAAUGAAACAUGACUGAGGAUUCUCAGAGAAACUUUCGUUCAGUAUAUUAUGAGAAAGUGGGUUUUCGUGGAGUUGAAGAAAAGAAAUCAUUAGAAAUUCUCCUAAAAGAUGACCGUUUGGAUAUUGAGAAACUUUGUACUUUUAGUCAAAGGUUUCCUCUCCCGUCCAUGUACCGUGCAUUGGUGUGGAAGGUGCUUCUAGGGAUUCUGCCUCCACACCAUGAGUCCCACGCCCAGGUGAUGAUGUAUCGUAAAGAGCAGUACUCGGAUGUCCUUCAUGCCCUGAAAGUCGUUCGUUUUGUCAAUGAUGCCACACCUCAGGUUGAAGUCUAUCUCCGCAUGUAUCAGCUGGAGUCUGGAAAAUUGCCUCGAAAUCCCUCCUUCCCCCUGAAGCCAGAAGAUGAAGUGUUUCUUGCCAUUGCUAAGGCCAUGGAAGAGAUGGUGGAAGAUAGUGUCGACUGUUAUUGGAUCACCCGAUGCUUUGUGAACCAGUUGAACAAGUACCGGGACUCCCUACCCCAGCUGGCUGUAAGAGGGGGUAAUGUUAUGUCAUGGGAAGUGAGUAAUCUCUUCCUUUUUCAUCACCAGCCAAAGGCUUUUGAACAGUACUUGAAUCUGGAGGACAGCAGGCUGCUGAGUCACCUGAAGAUGUGUUCUGCAGUGUCCAGGCUGCCUUAUGAUCUCUGGUUCAAGAGGUGCUUCGCGGGGUGCUUGCCCGAAUCCAGUUUACAGAGGGUUUGGGAUAAAGUUGUAAGUGGAUCCUGCAAGAUCCUAGUUUUUGUAGCAGUGGAAAUUUUAUUAACCUUUAAACUAAAAGUAAUGGCACUGAACAAUUCAGAGAAGAUAACAAAGUUUCUGGAAAAUAUUCCUCAGGACAGCUCAGAUGCAAUUGUGAGCAAGGCCAUCGACUUGUGGCACAAACACUGUGGGACCCCAGUACAUUCAGCCUGAAUGCCGUGGACAGCACACCGGGCCUGCACUAAAUGUUCUUUGUGGGACUGGUCUAAGACGAUUGAAACAGGAUUCUUGCUUUGGUGCUCAAAGUGUAAUUGCUUUUCCAGUAAAAUCAUAUAAUGAAGAUGCCACAGCAUCUUUUGGUCACACAGAUGUACAAAGUUGCACUCCGAAUACAAUUUAGAGGUUGUUGGAGUACCUAAGCAGUUCAGUGGAUGCGGAGGGCAGGGGGUGGUGGUGUGGGGGGUAGAUGCUUUAACAAGCAUGCGUGACCACACCCUGCCCUGCUUCUUUCUAAUUAGCACCAAGCCAGUGACCUGCUAAGGUCUAUUUCUGGAAUAAAGAAUAACUUCCUUUUGUUCACAA